AUGAGAUUUUGUAAAGAUUGUGGCGAAAACCUUCGAAAGGCGGACGGGUCGUGUAUUUCUUCUGUUCCACUUUUUUCAGAAACAGUAAACAAGGAGUUUUGUAGUGCACUGGGUGUCCAAUCAGUUGUACUUGCGAACUUGUUGUCGAAAUUGGGAAUUGUCUUGAAUACUGCUAGUCAACAGGAUGAUCAUUUUGCUUGCAAGAAAUGUUCUAGGAAAAUUGUAAACUGCUAUAAACUAUUUUCUGAGCUAUACAAGUCGUUUGGAUAUUCAACGCUUGAAGAGAAUCUCCGGUCACGUUCGCUUGAACGAUCUUCGACUGGCCUAACUCCAGAUUCUAAACGGCAAAAAAUUGCGUCCGCAAACACAACAACUGCUGGAAAACAAGCGAGGACAUCAAGAAAAGCACUCUUCGAUAAUGGACCUGACAAUUAUUCAACUGUAAACGAUGAAGUAUACAAUUUGAUGAAUAUAUGUACUGACGCACCCGAUGAUAAUUUACCGCCUGUCGUAAAGGUAGGAACUUUAGUGCUGAAUGCUAAGUUUAAGUACAAUAAUUCUGCACACUUCUUUUGUACUGUUGUUAUAUACUGUUGUUAUAAGUUUUGUAUUAUAAGUUUUGUUCCAGAUAUACAAACAGAUUAAAGGCAAUUACUGCGUGCAGGCUAACCCUGUUAUUGAACAAAUUUUGACGCUCUGACACUUUGACACUGAUGCUCUGACGCUCUGACACUCUGACACUUUGCAUUUGACAUUUUUGCUGUUGUAUUUCCAUGCAAAGUAAAACUAAAAACGUUGCUGCACGAUAAAGUGUUAAAAAGCAUAAAUAUAUUUUUCAUACUGUUUAAAAAAUAUUUCUUGAGUGAAAACAUGUUGAAUGACUUCUACUUACAGUCAUAAUUUACAUAAUUUAAGUUAAGGGUGUAACAAUUUCAACGAAAUCGACAGCGUUGUUAUUUUGUUUACAGUCUUGAUAUGCUACUGUUCCUAGCCGGAUUCCACGCCGAUUAUUAAACGUUUCGUUAUUUCUUAACCUAAAUAUUAAAUUAUUUUCAGAUUUUCGUUGCUUAUCCAUCUUCAUGUCGAGUGAAAGAGCGCAGUUGCGAGGAUAGACUUGAAGGGGCAAUGAUAAAACAAAUUUAUCUGGAAGAUUACAAAGCCACAGCAAAUUCUGCCUUGAAAUUUCCACCAUUCUGUCAAGCAAUCGUUAAAGCCGUAACUGAUGAAGUAAAGAGAGAAAUGCGCACCUAUAGCAAAGGCAACUCUGUUGCAAAAUAUAAUGGCAAUCCGUUAAGUUUGAAGGAUUUUAAGAGCGAUGACAUGUUACUUGAAAUGAAGGAGAGAUUACCUGUUACACAUGCUAUAGUCACAGCAACUAGUAACAAUCAUGCAAGAGUUAAAUUUCUAGAAAACAAAAAUUCUAGCAUUCUCAGCCCUACUGAAUACGUGGCUCAGGUGAACUAA